AUGCCCCAAGAUUAUAGAAGAUUUAAUGGUCCUGAAGACAGCGUGUCCUACAAGCGUUUUACAAAAGACUAUUUAAAACCGUACAACAUACUUAACGAUGAGUUAUUAAACGCAAAAGAACUUCGGCAAGACGGGCGCGCUUUGACCGAAGCGCGUAGCAUGUGUAUGUUUUUUGCUACAACACAAGUGGUAUCACAGGCAAAAGGUUCUGCUUAUGUAGAACGAGAUAAAACGAAAAUUAUUUGCUCUGUUUUUGAUCCACGUGAAAUUCCACAUCAGAAUGAAUUCAGUCAACUAGGUCAAAUAUACUGUGAAGUGAAGUUUGCUACAUUUUCAUGCCCACGCAAAAGAAGACCACAUGCACCUGAUGCAGAAGAAAAAGCUCUAUCGGUAGCAUUAAGAAAGGCUUUGGAACCUGCUGUUUGCAGACAUUUGUUCCCUAAUUAUCAGGUUGAUGUGUUUGUAUAUAUAUUAGAACAUGAUGGAGCAUGCUUAUCAAAUGCAAUAAAUGCUGCAGGUCUUGCUUUAGCAGAUGCAGCUGUGCCAAUGUAUGAUGUAAUAACAGCAUCUACUAUCGCUGUAGUGGGAGAUAAAAUAUUUGUAGAUCCGACUGAAUCUGAGGAGUAUGUAGCUUUAACUAGUCCAGAGACAAACAUAAAUCAUGGAGUAAUAAUUUUAUCAAUGUUGCCUGAAUUAAAACAAAUAUCAGACUUUACACAUAUUGGAUCUAUGGAUGCAGAAUGCAUAACAAACGCAAUGGAUAUUUUAGAAAAAGAAUGUAUUAAAAUAGUACCACAUGUACAAAAAGUGAUUGUUGCAAACUUAGUAAAAGGCUUUGAAGAAAGAAAAAAGUUAGAGAAAGAAGCAGCAGAAAGAGAACAACUCUUAAACACUAAAAUGGAAGAAUGGAAAAAAUUAUUAAAUGCAGGAUGA